GUUAACAAAAACUGGACAAAACAUCAUUUACUAGAAUACCUGUAUAUAAUCUUCAUUUUCUCAUGUCCUUGUUGACAAAAUGUCUUACGAUGAAGUAGUGCCGCCAUAAGAGUUAUUAUUAGCUCUUUUAAAGUUGAAAAUUGGUGUGAAAAGGAGUAGAAAUGAGUUUUUAGACAUAAUAACAGAAGACUUUGCUCAAAGGUGUUUUUUCUUAAUUGGAAAAGAGAACAGCGAAAUACGAUCAUGACAUUCUACACCAACUUUUCAUCCGCCUCGAAGCAAAUAUCGUUCUACAAGAGAACCUCCUCGCCUCUACGAAGAAGGCGAGUGUCUUUGGACAGCCAAACUGACGAUCAGUACGAGAAAUGGUGCGGGUACCUCCAUCAACCCCCCAAGAAGCUGAGGGUUAGAGGAAGAAGCACGAUUCCCGCAGGCAUUCUUGCGGGCCAUUUCAUCAGCGUUCAUUCGUUGACCGACGAUGCUGAAGAAUGCUAUGAGGAUGCUGAUCUGCCGCAGGAGCUUUGUGAUGCCAAUAUGACCUUCUGUAUCCCAAACGAAGACGAUGGGAAGGCCCAGAGGAGCGAAGUCAUAUCACGUGACAUUAAGCAAAGGCUGCUUGAGGAUAUCAAAUCUUAUAAAAGCAGAAACCAGAAGUCAUUCAAGAAAUCCGGCAAAUCCAGAAAUGAUCCAAAUGAAGAAGUUCCUGACGAGAAAGAAUGCAUAGAGAAAAAACUGAAGGAUAGACUAAAAGGGCUUUUUUUCAAGCACUCCGAUUGGCUAAAGAAGACGAUUAACUCAUUGAAAAAUAGGGACGGUAAAUGUUGCAAGCGUCAUGAAAAGUUUAUGGGCAUAAGCUUUUGCAAAAAUUAGCACUUAUUCCAAAAAAUCUAAAUAGUGACUUUUUCGUAUCUGUUUUAUAAUCUCGCAGUAAGACAAGAAAUUGUUGCUCAGCAUGAGAACUUUUUAUUUAUGUUGUCUAUAAGUUGGGUAGUCACUACAGUUUUUGGAAAACAAGAAGAAACGAUCGUACAUAUGGAAGGUAUUCUAUUCUAAUUAUGUGUUCCAUAACACACUAUGUGUAAUAAUACCCGAAGACAGAUUAGAUACCUGUCUUGCCUGUUAGAAAACGUUUCACGAUCACAGUGUUGCCAAACUUGUUUUUAAGAGAUACUGACUGCUGUUCGGUGGAUCUCUUAUGUACAUAUAUUAUUAACACAAAACAUGCCAGCUUUCAAAAGACGCAUUAUGCACUUUUUUCUAUCAAUUAUAUAAAAGUCAGUACUUCAUUUGUAUCCUGUUCAUUUUGAGUAUGACUUUUUAUGCACCGUUAUCGACCACAACCGGUCGUUUGGUAUGUUUAGUGUUAAGUUCCUUAUUUCUUAGACCAUUACUAUUAGAUUUCUUUUGAAUCAUUAUGAUGCAGCUGUAGUAGAACAUGGAAUACAUUUUGAGUACUUAGAAGAAACAUUCUGUAUUUUGAUAUAGUGUUUUAUAGUGCAUUUACAUUCAUAUUUUGAGGUAUCAAAUGAUUCAUAUAUUUUCAACAGCUUUGGAGUUAUAAGCAAAAAACAAAACAUUUUUAUAUUUUCAUCACCAGUACGGCAUAUCGCUAAUUGAUAGGAGGAAAGUUGCCAAAACGCGGUAUUAUUUUAGUACAGGCUGUUGAAGACAUGGCCUACUAGUUUUAGAAAAUAUCUGUAUGAGCAAUGUUUUGGUUUUUUCCUUAUCUCCAAAACCGCCAGCAGCCGACACCAUAAGAUAAUUGUAGAAAUAAAUACAACUGACGCUGCCCAUACAGCUUUGAUUUCAUCAAAAAGUCCUGAUGAUUCUACGUGUUCCAGCAAAACUACAUUAUUUGGUGAACCUUUGAAAUAUAGUACGUCAGAUCAUUUCGUAGGUACACUUCUGAAAAACAACAAUAUGACUUUUAAACAUGAGUUAAAUGAAAGGUUUCAUUAAAAUGUGCAAGGUGGAAUUACAAAUACAAGAAUAUUACUAGAACUACAAAUCAAAGCAAUAUGUACUUGGAUGUACUCCAUGGCUACUUAAGCAAUUACACUGUCUUCGUGAGAAGACUAAAAACCAAAGUUUCAUGGAAAAUUGUUAGUAAACUGCCAUAACUUACGAUUCAGAAAGCAAACAUACUGGAGCUUAAGAUCGACAACAGUCAUAUAUUCGAAAUAUUAUCAGUUCAAUUAUUCGCCUUAGAUAUUUAAUACAUAUUACGAUAUUACGUAUGAACUGACAAAUCGUUAACGCUAUUAGAAGGCCAUGCAUACAAGAAUGUUCAUUAGACAAUAUUAAAAAAAUAUAUAGUGCUUACUUAUUUUAUGGUAGCGUAUGGUACUCGUGGAUACAAUAUGAUCAACCAGCAGAAAUGUGGGCGCGCGCAUGAAUUUUUGCCAGGUAGAGCGAUCAUCGGCAAGAGAUAACUAUCGAAGAGAGUGUAUCUGCCCCCAAAACUUUUUGACGAGCGGGGGGUAGAAUAUUUUCUCGACAAAGGACCCCUUGACACCCCCUACGGGCGUCCAUGGUACUAGUAUCUUUCAUCUGAACACUGGACAUAGCAAUGUACAUGUAAUAUAAAUAGUAUUACAUUUUGGGUAUCUUGGAUUUAAUUAUUUGAGUGAAUAAUGGAUUUAUUUGGUGAUUAUGAAAACCAGAUUUGUUUUAUUUAAAAUAUACUUCAACUAGAUAUCUAUAAGCAUCAUAGGUGUCAAGCGAAUCAAAUUUACGUUUGUAUCUGUAUGUUUUGAAAUUUUGUGCUCAGAAAAUAUUAACUUGAACUACACAACUAAGUAUGCAUGUUCAAAGAUAUUUAAUGUCAUUCUAGUGUAUUUAAUAAUAUUCAGAAUGUUGCUAAAAUUGAGCUGAAUACCAAAAUGUAGUUUGUCUUUCUACGAGACAUACCUUGAAGUAUUAGGUGCUUUUAUUGGGUUAAAUCCAGUUUUAUUUUAUAAUUCUAAUUUUGAUUGUUGAAUGAUUGCUACCGAUGUUGACGCUUUUUAUGAGAAGCUUAAAAUAUAUUUUUACACAAAA